AUGCAAUUGUUUAUCAUUAUCGUUUCUCUUGUGGUGCUACCAUAUCUUGUAAUAUGUCAGAUACCAUAUUCGUCAUCUGUUGUUGUUGAUCCUAAACAACAACAGAAUUUAUCAAAUCAACAGCCAAUCAAUACUCAGAUAGGAAGUUCGUCGUCUCGCUCAACUGAAGUUGAUUUGGUUGGAAAUUUAUCUCAAGCAUUUACGUUUCAGGUGGCCCCGCCAUCGAUUAAAGUAACAUAUUUAGGUUUAAAUGGAUAUUCUUUGUAUAUUAUGGGCGUUGGAUUUUCGAAUAAAUCGAAAUUUCAUUAUGAUGAACAAAACAAUCGAUUAACUGUUCUUUCACUUGAUUCAACCACUGUUGGAUAUUAUUCAGCAGUCGAUGCCAAUUGGCAAACAUUUACAACAAUUCUUAGUGCAGUUAAUGUUUCGUCACUUCAAAUACAUAAUUCUCAUGUCAGUGAAGAUAAUAAUGGUUCAGCGUUAGUUUCUUGUUCAGUGUCAAUUAUUCGUUCGACAUUUAAAUUAGCUGAAACAUCAUCGAAGUCUGCUGGGACGGAAAAUCUGCCUCGGUUAGAUUUAUUUUUAUCAAGUCGCACAGCGAUGUCAGUAUUAAAAGAUAAUAAAGUUUACAAUGAUUCAUUAAAUGAACAAAAUUUCACACGAACAAUUACAUUACAACGUCCAUUAACACGUGCAGAUCACAACGGAACAGUUCAAUGUCAAGUGGAAUCAAACAAUAACAUCGAUGUUUAUCUGAUCAAAACUGUUCCGAUCGAUAUCGAAUAUGGACCAAAUUUAGAGCCGGGCGCUUUGCCAAUCACUGUCUUGGAAAGUGAAGCUCUGAAGCCAUUUGCUAUGGAUUGUCAAAUAGAAGCGAAUCCAAGUCCAUCUUAUGUUUGGUAUGACAUGCCAAGUGAUGUGUCAGCGGAUUACAAUCAGCAAUCAGUACCAGGGGCAUCAACUGUCUUUGGUACGACAAGACAAAUUCAAAGAAUUUAUCAAUAUCCUGGGAAUUAUUCAAUGCAGUGUCAGGCGCAAUCGAGAGGAAAAACGAUCAGACAAGAUUUUAGAAUAUUUGUUCGUCCACAAUCGACUGUAAUGAAAAUGGAUUCGGAUACGAAUGGAACUCGAGAAAAAUCUUAUAAAGUUCCAAUGAUUAUCGGAAGUAUUAUCGGCAGUAUUUUACUUUUACUUGUACUUGCAAUUAUUAUCGCUGGAGUUGUCUAUUUAAAACGACGAAAACUAAAUCCGGAUAAGAAAUCAUCGUUAAGUGAUGAAAAAUUAGCCAAUGAUAAACAAGGCAAAUCUCGUUGGGGCGGUUUACCCAUCGAUUAUUCGAAAUACAAACACGAAUCUUUAAAAGUCGAUUCAUCAUCAACCUCACAUUUAGUCGAGUCAGCAGAAACUAAUUCUCUUCAAGCUCCACCUGUACCUGCACGUCCAUCACCGAUGGCGAGCACAAAUUCGUCAUAUCGGCAAACACCAUCGACAACGGUUUCAUUUUCCUAUCGCCAAGCAAGUGCUCUUCCAGGUUUUCGAUCAACUGCAACCACUCGACCUUAUUCACCAACCGAAGAAGAUCACGACGAAGUUAGUACAAAUAUCAAUCCAAUGCCGUUAACAUAUAAUCGCUCACGAACGAAUACACCAUUGGGUUCACAUCGAUCUCUUUCGGAAUCGAUUCAAUCGUUGCGUUCAAAUCAACAACCGGCACUUUCAUUGCCUGUUAAAAAGCGAACACAAGAUCCACCGAUAGUUCUUCCAAAACGUGAGCAAAAAACGACACCAACGGAAGUGAAAAAAGAUUAUCAGCAUCAUCAUUAUCAUAAUCCAGCGCAAUUACAAGUUGAACAACAACAGAAGAUGACGGAUAAUACAUCGUCGGAAGAUGAAGAAGAAGAAGAAUUUGAAGCUCAACAAAAAAAUCGAACAUCCGACGUUUCACCGAUAACUGUUUCAAGUACAUCCGGAUAUAAUCAAGUUGAUUUUCAUCAUCCAACGUCUCAUCGAAUUGCUACUCCACUCUCAUCUCAGGGAAUCAUUCAUGAUGAAGCUCCACCAGCUUAUCAUCAAAUUGCUAGUAAACCAUCUCCAUCUCAUGCAUACGCUUAUCAAGAACCUACUGAAGUCGAUGUAGCCAUAGAAAUCUUUCUGCAAAGUCAAUUCAAUGUGAUCGCUGGGCACGACUCGUUUGUUCACAUUGUAAUCGAGGAGUUUGUGUCGAACACGAGAAAAUACACCAAGAAGAAAAGACUCCAUACAUUGACACAUGAACAACUGAUGGAGAAUUUUGAAAAGAAACUUGAUCAAUGGACGAACACAUGUAAAAACGAAAUCGAUCGAAAAGCGAAACAGAUGUUAAAACAAGGAAAGAGUUUAAUUGAACAAUUGAACAUGGAAGAAUUUCGUUCGAACUAUUUACAUCAAAUUGAAAAAAAUUUAGAGCCAAAUCAAACACAUACCAGUAUAUUAGAAGAACAAAUCGAACAAAUGAAAGAGAAAAUCUCAUAUCUACAAAUAACGAAUGACGGUCAGAUCAAAGUAAAACAUUUCCUUACCAAACCAUCAACAGAUACGAUGAAUUUUGAUUGA